AUGGGUCUCCGUGAGGAACGAGAGAAGUUCUACGAUCAGACGACAUACCUCUCGCGUACGGACGCACCUGCUCGAAAGCUUCCCGAGACAGGCCUCCGGGCAGAACGAGAGAAAUUCUAUGAUCAGACCCCGCCUCCCGCUGCACCUACUCGAAAGCCCCCCGAGACAGGUCUUCGGGCAGAACGAGAGAAAUUCUAUGAUCAGACUCCGCCUCCCGCUGCUCCUACAAAGAAGCCCCCCGAGACAGGUCUCCGGGCAGAACGGAAGAAGUUCUAUGAUCAGGCGUCAUACCGCUCACUUUUGGCCGAUUAUCCUGCAGCCCCCGCUUUGGAUCAAUCUCAGCCUCCUGCUACUUGGCCUCCCAUAUGGCCUCCCGCUGAUUGUGCUCAACCUCUCUGCCCCGCUGAAGCUGAUCGGCGUCAGCAUCCCACUAAAGCUCGACCCCCUUCGUUUGUCUCACCCUCCAAAGCUCUUUCUAUGGGGCACGAGAGUUUUAUGCGUGCGUUCCGCCAAGGCAUGGCAAAAUCUACAUUAAAGGACAUCAAAGCGGGAUACAUUGAGGUGUAUUCCUCUGCCCAUCAGGGUACUUGGCGUUUUGACAUCACAAGCCAGCUACGGGCGAUGCGCAAUGGCACAGAGUACUAUCGCCCAGACUCUCUACGUUUGGACUGGAAAUCCUCAUUACCCCCCAUACGGCCGCUGUUUUUUGGGGGCACAAGGAUUGAAGUGCUCCAUGCGUCUGCCAUCGCAGGAGCUCGACAUCUGCAACGUCGUGUGCAAAGUCAUGAAAACAUUGGUGUUCUUAAUUCUGCUUCGCCAACAAUGCCUGGAGGCGAUUUCCUUGAUGGUGGGAAUACCCACGAGGCGUCACUUUGUCGUUCUUCGACGUUAUAUGGAUCCCUCAACUCGUCUUCGUCCAAGCCCUUUUAUAACGAUCACUCAUCCAGCAUUCCGUACCACUCUAAUGCUCUGAUAUUUUCCCCGAAUGUCGUCCUGUUCCGCAACGACAAGGAUGUCUCCGAACACCCUCUCGAAAUUGAUGUUGUCAGCUGUUCUCCUGUAAACGCAGAGCUUGUGAGAUCCGGGGCUCCUAAUGCAGCAGCUGCUCUGAUCAACACAAAAAUCAAGCAGAGAAUGCGAGACAGGAUGGGAAGGAUUCUUGCUCUCUUUGAGCGACGAGGUGUUAAACAUGUUGUGCUUGGUGCUUUUGGGGUGGGGGCGUGCAAGAAUGAUAUCGAGAUGAUUGCUGAACUUUGGGCAGAUUUUUUUAGCGUCUCCAGAGGCAGAUUUUCUUUUUCUUUCCAACAAGUUAUCUUCGCCAUCCCCAAACAACAGCAAUUUGAUAAAUUCAGAACUGUUUUCCGCAAUAAAUGCCAAUCUAAUCCUCGUCCAGCACGGCGGAGAGUUUUAUAG